CCUUAAACGCCUUUUUUCGUUUUUAAACCCAACACAAAAAUAUUGGAAAAUUGGAAAAUUUAAAAAGUGAAUUCAAUUAAAUUGUGCACAUUACGAGCUAGAAGGAUAAUUGAAAAAUCAAGGCACACACCUGCGCACUUUGUGUCUGUGAGAGGGUCCUCUGUGUGUAUACAUAUAUAUCUGUGUGAAAACGCCUUUGGCUGUAUGUGUGUUGAAGGCUAAGCAGAAAAUCAGCAGCCCACAAGGAAAAGCCAACAAAUAUUUUACAGUUCUUGCCUGUUGCAGCCAAAAAGAGUUAGCAAACAAAGUGAUAAAGACAAAGUGUUCAAGAAAAAAAUGUAAUAAAUGUUAUAAAAUAUUAUACAAAAACCUAGAAAACCCAAAUAAAUUACCUAAUGAUUAAAAACGAUCAACUGGAAAACGGAGGAAUGUCAAGGCACAGGUUUUCAACAGGACGUCCCGUCUAAGAUGCGCACAAUUAGCUUAAACUGACAGCAGGACGUGCAGAGCAACAGCAGCAGCAGCAACAACAACAGCCAGAAUUUACAAGCAAACGGAUAAUCACAAUCACCAAGCAGCGAAAUAAAGAUACCAAAAACCGAGUACUAAACAACCGAACUAUAUUAUCGAACUAUUUUAACAACUUAAAUGUAGCACAACAGAAGCCUUACGAAACAACAACAAAACCAUUUGUGCUGUGCUUUAAUUAUAGUAAAAACAACACACAAAAACAACACGAAAACAACCCCGAAACGAACCGCGUAAUUAUUACACAUUAAAUAAUAAUAACAAUAAUCAUUAUUCUUCCACUUGCGAGUUUGAAAUGUGUACAUUUUUAAAUCGAUAUUAAACACUAGUAGCGAAAUUAUUAAUACCGAAAGGAGCAUAACUGUUUAACGUUCAUUAAAACUUAGCAAAGAGCGUUGUGAAUUUAACAAAACAAAAGGAGAAACCCAAAAAAACGGUUAACAAACCUUUAAAUUAGACAACAAAAUUGUACGCAAUUAGUAGAUUUUAAAUGUAAGAUUUUAAUCCAAGCAAAAUUUUUAAACGAGCUUCAAAAACACACACGAUAAAAAAGAACAGAACAGAAGAACCUUAUCCUUAACCUUAACCACAGGUUUUGUGAGGCUAACAAUCAAAUGCGCUGGCUCAGCGCCAAAAAGUAGGCAGCAGCACAAAGUACAGCCCGAAAAAGUAGGCAGUAGAAAAUUUAUACAAAUUUGGCGCCAGCGGUGGAAGGAGAAGGAGGAAGAAAAAGGACGAAAACAGCGCCAAGGACUCCGACGACCUUCGCGUGUGCAAGCGUCGUUGCACAAUAAAGGACGCCACUAACACUCUCAGCCACAGACACACACACACACACCCCUAAACUCACCUAGACACAUAGAAAAAAACACACACCUUCACACACAUUCUCAAAAACCACAGGACAAUUGCAUGGGCGGCCGCCAUGACCGGAAGUGAAGUACGGUCACGUCCACGUCCACUGGCCUUUGCAUAACAAUCAGCCCGCCAAGGAGCCGCCAAGAAGGUAGUCAGCGGGAGAAAGCAGGAGAAAGCAGUGAAAGCAGGUGAUAAAGAAGAAGGCUAGAAGGAGGAGAUAUAAAAACAACGAGCACACAGGAGCGCCCCCUCUAAAAAUGCAGGAAAUGAGCUACCUACAGGAUAAUUCCAAGAUAGAGGCCCUCACCAAGGCGGUGCUCAUUUCGAUACUGGGCGUGGCCAUCGUCCUGUCCAACCUCCUCAUCAUCGCCACCUAUGCCAACUUCAAGGGACCCACAGAGGUGAUAAACUACUACCUGUUGUCCCUGGCCAUUGCCGAUCUGCUCUGCGGACUGCUGGUGGUUCCCUUCUCCGUAUAUCCCGCCCUAACUGGAGAAUGGAUGUACGGCGACAUCGUGUGCCGCUUCACGGGUUACCUGGAGGUCACCCUGUGGGCGGUUUCGGUGUACACCUUUAUGUGGAUAUCGGUGGAUCGGUAUUUGGCGGUGCGCAAGCCACUGCGAUAUGAAACGGUCCAAACGAAGACGAGAUGUCAAUGCUGGAUGGUGUUCACCUGGAUAUCGGCGGCCCUGCUCUGCUGCCCCCCGAUUUUGGGCUACUCGAUGCCCAUUGAGAACAACAUGACCCACAUUUGCAUGCUCGACUGGGGGAAUAUGGCGGCUUAUACCGUGACAUUGGCGAUUUUAGUCUUAGGUCCCAGCCUCAUUUCAAUCGUACACAACUACGGCUAUAUCUUUGUAAUGAUGCGUAAGAUUAGGUCCGGCGAGCCGAUACACGAUAAAGAAUAUGCAACUGCUCUGGCUGAAAAUUUAUCGAACCCUAGUCAUAUGAUGUCAUUCGCAUUAGUCUUUGCAUUCUGGGUGUCCUGGCUGCCAUGGAUUCUGUUGCGUCUGUAUGAGGUGGUCACGGGCGAUGUUAUCCAAAGUACUCUUAUCAACUUCGCCGUCGUCUGGAUCGGCAUAUUGAAUUCGUUUUGGAAAAUUCUAAUCAUGACCAGUAUGUCGCCGCAAUUCCGUAUCGCUUUGAGAGUAUUUUGCUUAACCAUUUGUUGUAAGACUAAGGGCCGUUUGCAAGCAGAGCUAAUCGGGUUGGACCCAGAUGACUAGAGUUAGAUUUAGAUUUUCAUUCUCCUCAAAAAAAACAAAAAAUAUUAAUAAAAAAAAAUCCCCCAAAAUCCCCAACCCCUUUCCGCCAUCCCUUUGAGAAGAACCACAAAGUCCUGCAAGUAAAUUAAAAUAAAAUUGGUUGUAAUUGCAUUGAGCCAUUUCCUUCAACAAUCUCUCUCUAUAUAUCUCUCUAUAUAUAAACACUUACUUGCCUGUUUGCCAUAUAGUUGCAUAUUUACGGGCCGUUUGGCGCUACGCGACAUGCCAAUGAAAGCACCACAAAACACAGCCACUGAAAAACGCAACCACUCAAAAACGCAACCACUCAGCCACUCAACCACCCAAAACCCACAACCAAGCAGACACCAAAAACACAUACACGUUGAAAGACAUAUUCAUAUUUCUAGAACUAAGCUAAGCUAAGAGUUUUUAGCGUAUCCAAUUAUGAUUGAUUAAUUGAUUGAUUGAUUGACGAUUAUUAUUGUGUAUUUAUGAGCUUACCACGUAUAUACUUGUACUUAACUAUAGCCAUAUACAUAUAUAUGUAGCAGCGAUUAUUCUAAUUCUAAUUCGUAGACAAGAGACAAUUCACUAGGCAAGAACAACAUUUCCGUUUCCGGUUUAAAAGUUCAAAACGUGCUACUACUUAAAAAAAUAUAUAAAAAUUAUCUAAAGAACGCAUAAGUAUAACAUAAAAACCUUUUUCAAAGUCCAUAUUAAGUAGCAUUUAGAAUUUUACAAACAAAUCGUGUAGAGUUUAUUAAACAAUUUGCCAAACUUGACGACGGGCCGGAAAUUAAGAAUUCUAAAUUCAACAACAAAUUCAAUUUUCGCACGCUUUGCGAUUGCGCUUUAGAAACGGAAAACCCAGGCCCACUAAAUAAAUAC